AGAUUUGAGAUAUGUUUUUUUUAGGAUUAUAUUUUUAACCAGUUUGGUUGCAUUUUUCUUCCUCGUCCGUAAAGAAAGAGCGCCUUUGGUGGAGGACUGAUUGGAGCUUACUGGACUGGAUCUUUUCCUCUUGCAGUAUUUUUCAGAGGGCAGCAUUUUUUUUUACUUCAGUAUUAUUCCUUCCUUCGAGAGGAGAACAAACAUUACAGAUCCUGAAGCAGAUUGAAUAAAUCAGACACCUUUGAUAAAGGAGAGCAGACAUGGAUGAAGAGACUCCCCUGCUGAACACAAGACCAACAUCACCUGAAUCCAAGAUCAACAACUCCAAACUGUUCCUGGCCGUCUUCUCGGCCGUCUUGGGGAACUUCAACUUCGGUUACUCCCUGGUCUACUCAUCUCCGGUUCUGCCAAAGCUCCAGAGCCCCGAUGCCGACCCCCGGCUCAGGAUGGACACGGAGCAGGCUGCCUGGUUCGGUUCAAUCUACACACUGGGUGCAGCAGCCGGAGGGCUGGGGGCCAUGCUGCUCAACGACAUGAUUGGACGGAAGUUAAGCAUCAUGACGUCAGCAGUGCCAUCAACUAUUGGAUACAUGCUGAUGGGAGGGGCUGUGAACCUGUGGAUGCUCCAUGUGGGCCGUUUCCUCACAGGCGUUGCUGGAGGGAUGACAGCAGCGUCCAUUCCUGUUUACAUCUCAGAGAUCUCCCACAAAGGAGUGAGAGGGGCUCUGGGCUCAUGCCCUCAGAUCACUGCUGUGUUUGGGGCCCUGGCACUCUAUGCCCUGGGUCUGGUCGUACCAUGGCGGUGGCUGGCAGUGGCGGGAGAGCUGCCGGCUGUGCUGAUGGUUGUGCUGCUGGCGUUCAUGCCCUGCUCCCCCAGGAGGCUCAUCUCUCUGGGCAGAGAGCAGCAGGCUGAAAAGGCCCUCCGCUGGCUGAGGGGAAAACACUACGACACACAAAUCGAGCUCAGUGCCAUACAGCACAGCAUCAACACACGGGGUAAAGUCACAUGGUCGCAGCUGGCCACACCCCUCUACUACCGUCCAAUCAUCAUCUCAGUGGUGAUGCGUUUCCUGCAACAGAUGACGGGGAUAACACCCAUCCUGGUCUACCUGGAGCCAAUCUUUUCCCAAAGCAAAGUCUCCCUGGAGCCCAGGUAUGAUGCUGCCAUUGUGGGAGCAGUCCGCCUCUUUUCUGUUGUCAUCGCAGCCGUUUUAAUGGACAGGGUGGGACGCAAAGCCCUGCUGUAUACGUCAAGCAUGCUGAUGUUCCUGUCCACUCUAACUCUGACCAUGAUCUCCCACACCACAGCUUGCCCUCCAGGCCCCACCCCGCCUAAUCUCACUGUGAGUUUGGACUACAGCUCCCAUAGCGACACUGGAUACACUGCACCAAGCAUCCUCCCUCUCAUCAGCACCAUGGUGUUUAUAUUUGGAUACGCCAUGGGAUGGGGCCCAAUCACAUGGUUGCUGAUGUCAGAGGUGUUGCCGCUGGUUGCCAGGGGCGUGGCUUCAGGUCUGUGUGUGACUGUCAGCUGGUUGACUGCCUUUAUGCUCACGCACGCCUUCACACACCUGGUGGACAGGUACGGCCUGUACGCGCCCUACCUGUGUUUUACGGUGGUGUGUGUGCUCUGCCUGCUGUUCAACGCCGUGUGCAUCCCCGAGACUCGUGGCCGCUCACUGGAAGAGAUUGAGAACUAUUUCAGGACAGGACGUACGUUCACCAUCAACCGGAGUCCCUCCACUGUACAGUCGAGAUGAAACCUAAUGAUCCCUUUGAUCAAAUAUUCAGUUGUUCCCAUGGUGUACCUCUAAAACAGGGCAACUUUAAAGUGAAUAUAAGAAUUAAGGGUGUCAUGAUAGAGGUUGUAUGUUGAAUAGAGUGUAAAGCUCAAAUAUUUACUGAGCACAGAUGGACCAAUGUAAGUCUAAGAUGUACAUAAAGAUGUAUAUAUACAUGUUUCUUUUAUUUCUUUUGAACUGAUGUAAGACAAUAUGUACUCAGUCUAUAGUCAGACUAACCUCACUGUGCCAGGUGGUUUGUUACACAGAACCAUAUGGGAAUAUGUUGUCGUAAACUGUUUGGAAAAGGGAAAGCACUUUCAAAAAAUACUGGGCAGGUUAUUGGAUGAACCAUCUGUCUAUCACCGUCUAGUAAGAGUGAACCAUAUGACGUAGUAGUUAUAUAUAACGAGCCCAACACUGAUCAUAUAUCACACACCUUAAACAUAGUUUGGGUCAGUUUAACUUACUGAUGUACACGCAAUGUACACAUAUAGCAACACUGAUUAAACUACCACAGCAGGGAUUAAGUGCGUAUGAACAACAUCGAUACCUCCCCCUUUUUCUGGUAAGCAACCAUGGAGUUAGCAACAAUAAUGAACUCCAACAUUAAAGCAUUAUACAUAGUGUACUACAGUAUGGGCAACCAUGU